GACAUACAAUACCAUCUUGGACUACUACACCUCGGAGAAGGUUUCAACAAAAAAAGGUACGGUACGACCAUGACCACGUCAUCUCACACAAGCAGAGGAGUCCUCGUCUUUGCCUAUCUGGUAGGUAGGCGCACAAGACCGUCCAGACGGUCUGUUCCUUGCCCGUUGGCGUGCGUAGGCCACAGGCCGCAGGGUGAAAGAGGGGACCGUGAAGCAAGUCGACAGGAAACUCGUAAACACCGGCAUCCCAAGCCUACCUCACCGCGAACCGUUUCCUAUCAAGUCAACCAAGGAACAGCCUUGGAUCUCGCAGGAACCGGCUCAAUUUUUAGCAGCUUUUUCUUCUGCAACCGUCGUCUUCACCUCCACCACCAAUACCAAAAUGGCGCCAUCAGUCUAGGCACUCCUCUGCCUCUUCCCACUCGCCAACGGCAACCCCUAAGCUACAUGUACCGGGCACCGGUAGACGGCCAUGUGAAGAGGAGCAAGCAGAACUACAUGUACCGGAAACAAUGGGCUUUCGUGGUACGGUGUGCGGGGGAUGGAGCUGAAGCAUCGGUGUUGGAGAUCAGCCAGGCCAACAAAACAGGUCUCCAAAGAAAAGACCAGACGAUGCAACUCCAUCUGACAGCCACAAAGCCCAUAAAGUUCGGCACUACGCACGGAGGAAGUGGCCCUCGUCCUGUUCCCCGCCUCCCGGUAUAUUCUUUCAGCUGGUCCGAUGCAUCAACAAGCCGGGGGGGCCUUUGUCUUUUCUUUUUUUCCUCCCCCCCCCCUCUCUCUUGUCAUCUCAUCUGAUUACCUAGGCCACGGGGCGAGAUGUAUCUCGCUUUCGUGGUGUCGAUGCUGCCACUGGCGAUCUCUGUAAGACCCUGGUACACAUGCGUACAUAUACACAGCGCGUGCAGCAUGUUGGUUGUUAUCCCAAGAUCUUGUGUUGCGACCAUCAUCAAAAGCCGCGUGGUUGAGCGAGACAACACAGAUUAAAGAAGAAAUGAUGCCCCAGAGGCAAACGACCGACCCAGCUGGCUGGCCACCGGUCUGAUGUUGUGAUGGGAUGGGACCUGAGUCUUGAC